AGAUAAAAAUCAAGUCCAUACAAGAAGAAGAAAGUGUGCGUGAAAAAUCUAAAGCGAAGUGAAGACAACAAACUGUCAGAUUUCGAAAAAGGAAGAAAGAAGUGGAAGAAAAAUAAUACAACGGGCUCGGGGAGUCGACAUAGAUCGGUGUAUUUUUUGACAGCUUACGCAAGACGGGAGCGAAAUCGUGUCGACAUUCGACCAGUCUAGUUCAAAACGUCCGUCAUCGAUUUUCCACAACGUCGCGGCCAUUUUGUUAGAAGUGUGCUUGCGAUUGGAAGUCCGUUCGGAAGUUUGACUCGGUAGUGAUUUUGUUCGAUUUUUCCGUGUGCGAAUCCGGUUGUAACCGUACCGGAACGGUCCCCGCGCUACGAGUUUGCCAGUGAAUGCCCGUUAUCCGUGUGUGAUUGGUUGGUAAAGGCAGUAGAAUUUGGCUAAUCAGCACCCACACCGACCAGUAGUAGCAGCAGCAGACCUAGCCGAGUAGGAGCAGCAGCGAAAAAAAAGGAUGGAGGACAAGGCGACACUCAAAGAUUUGGACCAGUGGAUCGAACAAUUGAACGAGUGCAAACAAUUGACCGAAACCCAAGUGAAAACCCUGUGUGAUAAGGCGAAGGAAAUUUUGGCAAAGGAGUCAAAUGUACAGGAGGUAAAAUGUCCGGUAACAGUAUGCGGCGAUGUGCAUGGUCAGUUCCACGACCUGAUGGAGCUCUUCCGGAUAGGCGGACGAUCGCCGGACACUAAUUAUCUGUUCAUGGGUGAUUACGUUGAUCGUGGCUAUUACUCAGUCGAAACAGUGACGCUACUAGUGGCGUUAAAGGUUCGAUAUCGUGAAAGAAUCACAAUCCUGCGCGGUAAUCACGAAUCCCGCCAGAUCACACAGGUGUACGGCUUCUACGAUGAGUGCUUACGGAAGUACGGCAACCCGAACGUCUGGAAGUAUUUUACCGACUUGUUUGACUAUCUCCCACUAACGGCGCUGGUGGAUGGCCAAAUCUUCUGCUUGCAUGGAGGUCUGAGUCCCUCGAUCGACACGCUGGAUCACAUUCGGGCGUUGGAUAGACUGCAGGAAGUACCACACGAGGGACCGAUGUGCGAUCUCCUCUGGUCCGAUCCUGAUGACCGGGGCGGCUGGGGAAUAUCGCCUCGCGGUGCUGGUUACACCUUCGGCCAGGACAUUUCGGAACUUUUCAAUCACUCAAACGGUCUGACGUUAGUAUCUCGGGCACAUCAGCUUGUCAUGGAAGGCUACAACUGGUGCCACGACCGUAAUGUUGUUACAAUAUUCUCUGCACCAAACUACUGUUAUCGUUGCGGUAAUCAGGCAGCAUUAAUGGAAUUAGACGAUUCUUUGAAAUUUUCAUUCCUACAAUUUGAUCCAGCUCCACGUCGCGGUGAGCCUCACGUGACCAGAAGAACACCGGACUAUUUCCUUUAAGAAUAUCAUUAUAACGAAUAUUGUAAUACACACUACAAAUUAAACAAAAAAAAAUAUACCUAAUAAUAAAAAAAUAUAAAUAAUAAUUAUAAGCAUAUUAUUAUUUAAUACAAAAAAAGAAUAAAAAUCGCAAAAAAGUUUGUUAGAGACUUGCAAGGAAAAAAAGGUAAAAGAGACUCGUAAACCGUAUUAUUAAAAGCAUGGACUUACUUAGAAGAGAUAAUAACCGGUAAAACUGCAAGGUUGAAAACAUUGAGCAACAGACAAAAACUAAGCCUGGAAGUAAUUUCACCUCACAUUUGCUAUACUCACAAGCCAGAAUUCAAAGAGAAAGAAAACACCCACACACAAACACACGUACACAGCAACAUUCAUUCUCGUGGAGAAAAAAUAGUUAAAAAAUUUACUAGGAAAAAAGUGCGAAGGCAAGGGAAGAUUAAGUGCAUAUACUCAUACACAAUCGUCAAUCCACACAUACAUAAAAAGGAGAAGGAAGUAUAGGUACAUUCACACAUCCCACAAGAAGAAGCUCAUUCUAUCUUUUUGCCAUAAACUGAUAUAUAGCUAGAAAUUCGCGUUCAUAUCCAUCAUUCGCGUGGAUCAAUUUUUCCUUGUUCUUUUAAUUUGUACCUACCUACUGAACACUGUGUUAGUCCGUAAAAAUAAACAAGUAAGACAUGCAAAUCCAAGGAGAAACAGGACGACGAGAAUAGGCAUUGUUUUUUUUUCGAUACAAACGCUUUAUGUCAAUGAUGAUUGUUCAAUGCAGAUGCGAGAGAAUAAAGUGUAUGAAAUUUAGAAUAA